UCCCAGAAGGCUGUGUUCACCUUAGCCUUAACCGGGCUACCCGUCGGCGGGGCGAACCCUUCAUCCUGGGCUUUUUAAUUUCUCAGGGGGAAUGAGCGGCGGUGGACACAGGCCUUUAGCGACGCCGUCCGUAGGCUGCCUGGCUUGGUGGCGCUGGACGCGGAGACAGUGGACUCGGUCAACUCUCCUUCCGGUCGCGGGUGCAAAAAGCCGAGGCGCCCAGUCUCCUUUAAUUGCGGUGGGCGGGGCGGGGCGGGGCGGGGCGGGGCGGGGCGAAGCGACCCGCGUUGCUAUUGGUGGCGGUUGGGGGCGCGGAAACUGAACGCGCCUCAACGGCAGCCGCUGCUUCCUCCGGCGCCUUGGGCGCUCCCAGCCCCGCCAUGGCAUCGCCCUACUCGGAGGACCCCUCGCUGGAGAGGCAUUUUAAGGGUCACCGAGAUGCAGUUACCUGUGUGGACUUCAGUUUCAACAUGAAGCAGCUGGCCAGCGGCUCCAUGGACUCCUGCCUCAUGGUGUGGCACAUGAAGCCCCAGUCACGUGCCUACCGCUUCACCGGCCACAAGGAUGCGGUCACCUGUGUGAACUUCUCCCCUUCGGGACACCUGCUUGCCUCGGGCUCUCGCGACAAGACUGUUCGCAUCUGGGUACCCAAUAUCAAAGGCGAAUCAACUGUGUUUCGUGCACACACGGCCACGGUGAGGAGCGUCCAUUUCUGCAGUGAUGGCCAGUCCUUUGUGACGGCCUCUGACGACAAGACAAUCAAGGUGUGGUCAACCCAUCGCCAAAAAUUCCUAUUCUCCCUGAGCCAGCACAUCAACUGGGUCCGCUGUGCCAAGUUCUCCCCGGAUGGCCGGCUCAUUGUGUCUGCCAGUGAUGACAAGACUGUCAAGCUGUGGGACAAGACCAGCCGGGAGUGUGUCCACUCGUACUGUGAGCAUGGCGGCUUUGUCACCUAUGUGGACUUCCACCCCAGUGGCACAUGUGUCGCUGCUGCCGGCAUGGACAACACGGUGAAGGUGUGGGACGUGCGGACUCACCGGCUCUUGCAGCAUUAUCAAUUGCACAGCGCAGCGGUGAACGCCCUCUCCUUCCACCCGUCGGGAAACUACCUGGUCACAGCCUCCAGUGACUCCACCCUGAAGAUCCUGGACCUCAUGGAGGGCCGGCUGCUCUACACGCUCCACGGGCAUCAGGGUCCAGCCACCACUGUUGCCUUUUCAAGAACGGGGGAAUAUUUUGCUUCUGGAGGUUCCGAUGAACAAGUGAUGGUUUGGAAGAGUAACUUUGAUGUCAUCGAUUAUGGAGAAGUCCUAAGAGUGCAGAGGCCCCCAGCCACGCUGGCCAGCUCCUCCGGGACUCUGCCAGAGGUGGAUUUCGCCAUCCCGCCAGGCAGGGGCAGGAGUCAGGAGUUGAUGCAGAGCCAGCCCCGGGAGCCCGUUAGCAUGCCUCAGACGCUGACCAGCACGCUGGAGCACAUCGUGGGCCAGCUGGACGUCCUCACCCAGACAGUCUCCAUCCUGGAGCAGCGGUUGACCCUGACAGAGGACAAGCUGAAGCAGUGUCUGGAGAACCAGCAGCUAAUCAUGCAGAGAACAACACCAUGAUCGGGGGAGCAAGAAUCAAGAGCUCGGUUGAUUUGGGGGGUGGCAGGCCUUGGGGUUUGUACUGUGCGGCUUGGGCAAAUAAAUACAGGGGGUUCAA